GGCAGUAUAAACGGCUUUAUUACCUCCGAACGUGGUGGCUUACAAAGCUGCACUCACACUGAUAUCAGGUUUGCGAUAAAGCGUACCCGCAAUUCAUGAACGCACCACCAAGCACACAGUCCUUGUAUCUGCGUGCACAUCUGAGUUGUUAGGAGACGAGUCUGUCUCGACGGCGUCGCAUCCAGGCUACUACCAACCAACUGUGUAAGAGCGCAUGUGCAUAUACAGCGCAGAAUACUGCCUGAAGAUACUAGUGUAGCCUGGGUAUGUACAGGCAUAUGUACAUUAUCCUAUGUGAAAACGCACAUGUUUCUUGAGACCAGCAGAGGUUGCAAAAGAGCUGCUACAACCAAGGUGCUUACAGACAUAUAGACCACCCCCAGUGUGUAUACGCAAAUGUCUCGCAAGACUAGCAGAAGUGGCAAACGCGCUGCUACACCCCAGGUGCGUACAGGCAUAUGGCCGUUCCCCUGUGUGAAUACGUACAUGCCGUUUAAGACUACUAGAAGUGGCAAACGCGCUGCUACAACCAAGGCGCGUACAGACAUAUGGACGCUCCCCCGUGUGAAUUCUCAUGUGCGUUUUGAGCGAGCCAGAUUGAGUAUAGGCAUUUGUGCAACCAGGGUGAGUACAGGCAUACGGGCGUUCUUCCGUGUGAGAGAGUAUAUGUCUCGUGAGACUGCCAGAGGUUGCAAAAGCGCUGCUACAACCAAGGUGCGUACAGGCAUAUGGACGUUCCCCUGUGUGAGAGCGAAUGUGCGUUUUGAGCGAGCUGGAAUGAGCGAAGGUACUUGUGCAACCAGGGUAGUCACAGGCGUAACGUUCUCCUGUGUAAGUGCGCGUUUGUAUCGCCAUAGCACUUGGUGUCCUCCUUGUACUACAGUCAGACCAUACGCAAGCGAUCCGUGGUUGGCCCACGCUCCCACGCAGACUGCUCAAGAACAUCAUUCUG